AUGGAUGAAUAUGAUUGUAAGGCAUAUCCACAUAUGACUUUGAUCGACUGCGAUGCAUCAUACGACAGCGAUUCGUGUUUAGAUAUAGAAUUCGAUUACACGAUUGUUUGUGUUCCGAGUAAUGAAAUGAUUCCGAAUUUAUCAUCGAGUGAAACUAAAUGUUACGUUUUUUCUUAUGUGUCUGAAGAUAAAGUGAUCCAUAGAGAUACAAUUAUAUCAUGGCUUUCUGAAGUAGGUGUUCCUGAAGAAGCUUUUAACAUGGUGGCAGAAGACAUUUUGCAAUGUGUUAGUGAGAUGGGUAAUGGAAUAUGUAAGGACUCGAGGGGUCUUUCUAUUCGAGUUGAUUUAUCAGUCUCUCGUGGUUGUAAAGAGGAGGAAGAAGAUGAAGAGACAAAUUGUUUGGACGAGAAUGAAGAGGAAGUGGAAGUGAAAGUCGAAGAAGAUGAAGAUAAUGCGUUGGUUCAUCCUGUUACAAGGACUAUUGAAGAUAGCCAUGAUAAUGAUGAAUGGAAGUAUAGAUGGGACGAGGAGGAAAUGGAGAUUGAAGAACAAGAAGAUAAUGAGUUGACUCCAACUGAUACAAGGUCUGCUGAAGAUGAUCACGGUGAAAACGAUUAUGGAGAUGAACGGAACUCUUAUUGGGAAGAGGAUAUGGAAAUCGAAGAAGAUAAUACAUCGGUUAUUGAACUUGAAAUUGAUCGAGAUAAUAGAUCGGUUAUUGAACUUGAAAUUGAUCGAGAUAAUAGAUCGGUUAUUGAACUUGAAAUUGGUCGAGAUAAUAGAUCGGUUAUUGAACUUGAAAUUGGUCGAGAUAAUAGAUCGGUCAUUGAACUUGAAAUUGGUCGAGAUAAUAGAUCGGUUAUUGAACUCGAAAUUGGUCGAGAUAAUAGAUCGGUUAUUGAACUUGAAAUUGGUCGAGAUAAUCGAUCGGUUAUUGAACUCGAAAGUAAUGGAGAUAAUCGAUCGGUUAUUGAAGUUGAAAGUGAUGAAGAUGAAUGGAACUAUGAUUGGGAAGAGAUGAUAGGAAUAGAAGAAGAUAUUAGGUUUAUUCCUGCGGCUAAGUCAGGUAUUGAGGGAUUGAAGAUGGUAACAGUCGAAGAAGCUGGAAAAUGUCCUAUUUGUUUCGAAGAUUUUAAUGUUGGUGUCUGUAUGCCAUGUUCGCAUACGUUUCAUAUGGAUUGUAUUCAGGAUUGGUUGAAUGUAGGCAACUCUUGCCCUUUAUGUAGAUUUCAGCUACCUACUAGUAGCACAGAUGAAUAA